AUGGCCCAGGUAUAACACAUUUGAUCGUUUGCAUUUAUGUCAUUCAUGCCCAUUUCAUGGAAAGCGCCUAUUUUAUGUCGUGUACGAAAACAAAAUUUUAAGCAGUUAUUCCUCUGUGUUUAGCGGACGAUUUAUUCUUUAACUUUCAAUAAUCAUUCCUUCGAUUUUCGCGUAAAAAGAAGGAUAUCAAAUUCAAGGUUCGACAACAGAUCGAAUCGCGAAGGGUUCUUAACUAUCACUUCGGUUGGCUCAGUGAAGUGGUUCCUCUUUCGAAAUCCUCCCAUCUCGUAGAAUCAGCCUAUUGUCUUGCAGCUCUCUAUAAUUUUGGCUGAUUCGUGUCGCUAAGGUAUGCAUUUUACAACCAUGUUUUGUUGACUUUCGUGCUAGGAAAUGGCGGGAAACAUUUCCACGUGCUCUAUGUAGCUGCAUCGUAAACCCGACAAUUUUGCUUAUGGCUCGUACGCAAUGCAAGCUCAUAUUUAAAACGGAUUUGAACUGUCAUUGAUUGCCGAUGUCUUUUUUAUCGACAGGACAACACAGAAGUACAUUUCAAGAUUAAGAAAACGACACAACUAAGAAAACUAAAACAAGCCUUUUGUGAUCGCCAGGUAACGCGAUGCUUAGUUUAGUGUUGAAGCAUAAACUGAUGUUGUUCACGAUGUUUUUCACGCAAUUGUCACAUGAUAGCAGAGCAGGUUUUACUCUUAAGUCUUGCCUUGUGUUUCCAGAGGUUAAGCGAAAAAUUUAGGUUGCUGUUUUUGACUUUGAAUACAUCGUGUAUUCCAUGGGGUGCUGACCAAAAAUAACGAACUGGUCAAAGGUUAGAGUUUAUCCAUUUUAUACAGGGUAGAUGCCUUAUAUUCACAGCUAAAUUUCUGUCUUUUUGUUAAGAAUCAUGAUGUAGAGAAAACACCGUAAUGAUCAUCGUUUUCCUGGCCCCAGAUGGUCAAACAUUGGAUAGAGUUAUACAUGUUUCGGACAACUUGAGCCUUCCGGUAGUCUAAGGUUGUUUACCAUUUACCACAAAUUCCGGGAAAUUCCUGUUGGAAUGUAAAUGGUUUUUGGUUCAUCCCACUGGAAAAUCCCCGGGACAAACAAAAAUUCUGAAAAGGUAGUCCUGUUUUCCUUAGGACAUUCUGAAUGGAAAUUUUUUUACCAUUUACAAGUUUCUUGAGUUUCAUACUAAUUUCAUGUUGUAACUAGAAUCCAGUCUAGCGCGGCGCGACAAUUGGGAAAUUUUAGGCAAAUGGUAAACGACAUGUACUGUUCUUACUGACAGAAAAUUCCCAACCAAAAUUUCCCUUUUUUUUUUUAAAGUGGUAAAUAACCUUAUUGCAAAGGCCUAGGCAAGUCUGUUGUAACUACAUUAGUAAACUAAGGCAAGCAUGCAACUGCCCAGGACAAACAAAGUGGAUAGAAAUAACUCAAGAUUUUUCAAGCAGUUCCUGUUUUUUUCCUCUGCAUUUAUUUUAAAGGGUGUUGCACUCAACUCGCUUCGAUUCCUCUUUGAUGGACAAAGAAUUAAUGACGACCAGACGCCGAAAGAUGUAAGUUUCUAUUUACACGUAGUCAAUUUGAUGUUUUGGUAGCCCCCUUACACUUCAUCUUAAGUGUAGUGUGACUGUGUUCCUUCCAAACACUUUACAGGGCACUCUCUUGAACCACGAACACUUCAACAUUUUGUCUGGAAUUUCUGGUGAUAAACCAAUCAGCUUUCCUCAUAAAAACCAAAAGAAUCAAAAUUUUUUAGGCAGCAACCAAUCUGUGAGGUUGCGCUGAGACAUGUUUCAACUUUUCAUGCAUGUAAGUCAUCUUCUAGGAUUAAAAUAAAUGCAUGAGCCUCAUUAUGAGGUGAAUCUGUGAUUGGACUAUGUAAAAAAAGCAAAAAUUUGUUAUUCCUGUUAAGUGACUGUCCAAACUGCAAUAGAUUUGGGAGCAGAAAAAAGUUGUACAUUGUGACGAGUGAAAUAGAAGUCAUAGCGUAAAACACUACCAUAAGCCUUAUCCAACCAAGACUAUUUCUUAUCAUUGGCUUGAUUAAAAAAUCACUUUUAUUCAUGAAAAAAAAGACCAAACAAAACAACCAAGAGUACAAAAACAGAGAACCAAAAUGUUUUGCAAAGAGGUGAGGCUUAUAGGUGAGUUUUACAGUGUAAAACAGAUGUUGAGGUUUGGGCACUUCCGGUCACGAAGUUAAAAAUAAUUAUGUUCACUUUUAUCAGUUAAGUGAAAAAUCUGUCGUUUUUGCCUUUUAGCUUGAAAUGGAAGAUGAUGAUGUUAUUGAAGUCUAUCAAGAGCAGACAGGAGGCCAAUGA